UGUUUCGGGAGGCGGGGCGGCCAGAAGGUCGGACGUCCUUCUGGAACUCGGCUCUCCCUCACACUCUGGAGGAGACCUCACCGGAGCAAAGAAGUUAGCAAAGUUCGUGGCGGAUAAAGUUAUCUCAUAAAACUAAACGAAAACAGCUUAAAUAGACUUAUUUAGACUACGUAGAAGAUAACAAAAGACACAAGACCUUGGUGUGCCACCUGAUCCAGGGAGAGGGAUUUAUUUUCCUUCCACAUUCCUGAUGGAAUCCUACAGAGUGACUGGCAUUCCCAACAGUGGAUCACAGCGGGUCUACUCUCAGUCAUCUCGAUCUUCCAGGCCCCAGAGUAAUGGAGCGGGUACAUAUGGUCUCAGCAUUCGAGUCCAGGGUAUAGAUGGUCACCCAUAUGUUGUUCUCAACAACCAGGACAGGGGUUCUAAGUCCUAUGCUGACCCUGACAGCAAUGGGUACACUGACACAGAUGGUUCUUUUAUUGAGAACUACCAAGAGUAUGAUUUCAGAGGAGACAAAGACGCUGGGUCCAACGACCCUUUUAUGGAGUAUCGGACACAGAAGAUGACGCAUUAUCCUGGUCCUCAGAAUGGCAUUUCCGAAUCACAAGGGAAGAAACCGUCCACGCUUUUGAACUUUCAGAAGCACCCCGAGAUCCUUAAGCCAUAUGAUCCAGAGAGUAAUGCCCUAAACCUAGAGAGUUUCCACAGUCUCCCUUCCAGACCUCAACCUCAGGCCGAGACUGGAAAUAAAUAUCAGAAUUCUUCCUCUAAGUCUGCUGUACAUGCCCCUGCCCGUGGCAGGUCAUCGAGUCUGGAUCGGAACAAAGUUCCUGGGCAGCAAGAGAGAAGGCAGCCUUCGCCUCUAAGCCGGAAGACUGCUGACACUGAGACGCCUAAACCCAAAUCACAGUCUCAGUUGUUGCCUCAGUCCCAGUUGGCCCAGCCUCAGGCUAAACCUCAAUCACAUCAGGCUCAGCCACAGUUUAAACCUUAUCUCACCAGUCUGAGUCCACAUCAGCCUAAACCGACCUCUAAAACUGAACCGGUGCCUGCAGUUCAGCCUCAAACUUCCACUAUGUCAAGUCUUUCAAAUGAGAAGAGCAAGACCCCCGCUUCAGUGAGCAGUACCAGCUCCAGCCUGGAGCGCAACCAUCGUGAUCCCGAUGUCCUUCCCAUCCGCCGAGCUGACUCUAGUGAACCAGUUCUUCAGUCUUCCUCCCGCUCCCGCCAUGCCUCUUUAUCUUCCUCAAACAAGACUUCAGCAGAUGAACAAAUGGAGGCUCUGUACGCGGACACCAUAAACCGACAUGAGAAUCGUCGCUACAUCCCCUUCCUCCCUGGUUCUGGCAGAGACAUCGACACAGGCUCCUGUCUCGGUGUCGAUGAGCUGAUUGAAAAGUUUGAUGGUAAAACUGUUAGUGGUCCACGAAGGGGCAGGGCUGGACGGAGAAACAGGAUUAAUCCGGAGGACCGGAUACGCUCACGCAGUGUGGAUAGUGCUCUUGGCUUGAGAAAUGGUGAAAGCUUCAUGGAUGAGUUUAGCUGCUUCAAAGGCACGUCAAUGGAGCACGUCAUACUGCCGUCACAGCUGCGUGCACAGAAAACAGCCAGUAGUCAGGACUCCUGGUCCACUGUUGUGGAUGGGGCUUCAUUUCGUGCCACCAGUGCACCAGGGUCCCCCCAGAACACCAUCUCUAAGGGUGUAGGCUCCAUACAGGGUUACAGAAAGUCUCAGUCACGUGCCUCAUCACUACCUUUUAGGAAUAAUGAAAGUCAUGAAAAUUCUUCCCCAGUUGGAAAGGUUACAGCAACACUACAGUCAACAUCACUGUCCAAGCCCUCUUCCACUGCAGACAAAAAGCCCAGCACAGAGGCAGACGUCCAGGUGACACCUGAUCUCCUGAGAGGUCAGCAGGAGCUUUCACAACAAACACACGAAGAGACGGCCAAACAAAUUCUCUUCAAUUACCUCAAAGAUGGAAGCCAUGACAAUGACGAAAUGACAAAGAGAAAGGUCAACUUGGUCUUUGAGAAGAUACAGACGCUGAAGUCUCGCGCCACAGCGAGUGCACAAGGCGAUACCAAAUCUUUGGACUUCGCAGCACAGACCAAAGCUCUACAGGAGCAAAAUGCUGAACUGGAAAAAGAGAUCGUCGACCUGAAGAGACAGCUGGAGGAACAAAUAAAGAAACAUCAGGCCGACAAAAGAACAGUAGCAGGACUCAAGGAGCUGCAGCAGGAGCUACAAAAGAGCCUGGAUGAGUGCAAACAUUUGAAGGAGAAGCUAGCAAAGACAGAGUCUGACCUCCAGACUUCAGUAGAGGAGCUUUUCCAGGUGAAGAUGGAGCGUGAGCAGUACCAGACAGAGAUCAGAGACCUGCAGGACCAGCUGUCAGAGAUGCAUGAUGAGCUGGACUCCGCUAAGAGAUCAGCUGCUGAUGAAGAGAAAGAUAUCAUAAUUACGGAGAUUAUGCAACUGAAGGUGGAGAUGCAGGAAGUCCUCCUGGCUAAGGAGGAACAAGAGGAUGUUCUGAGGAGGCGAGAGCGGGAGCUAGCAGCUCUGAAAGGAGCCUUGAAGGAGGAAGUAGCUGCUCAUGACCAGGAGGUGGACAAGAUGAAGGAGCAGUAUGAAAAGGAGAUUAGCAGGCUGCAGACAUCUUUGGAGGAUGCCAAACAGAGCAGCGCGGCGGUAUUCCAAGAAAAGGCUGAAGUGGAGGCAGCCAAGGGUGCAGCAGAGGGCCAGGCAGGGCGACUGACCCAAGAAAUCGAGCGACUUCGCUGGCGGUCGAACGAGCUGGAAAACGAGGUGACCAAACUCAACCGAAUCAUUGAUGAUGCCAAGCUACAGGAGAGCAGGCUGGCAGAUAAAGUGGCCAGGAUGGAGAGAGAGAAAAAGCAUCUGGAAGAAUCUUUAGCUGAGAUUAAGGAACAAGAAGAGGAGAUGUCACGUGCCAAUCGGGCAUUGACCCUCCGGCUUGAAGACGUGCAGAGGAACUUUGCUAAAGUGAGCAGUGAACACAAGGAGCUGGAGGAGAGAUUACAGGAAGAGAAAACCCAGAAGGAGCAGUUCAAAAACAUGAACAACAACAUCGAAGAUGAGAGGAGGCUGCUGGACCAAACAGUAGAAAAGCUUCAGAAGGAGAUGAAUGAUAUUGUGGAGGCGUCUCAGUCGUCCACCCGGGAGCUGCAGGAGCAGAUUGAUAUUUAUAAAGAAAAGAACCGACGGGAGCUGUCAGAGCUGCAAAGGCUCCUAAAGGAGCGAGGGCAGGAGCUGGAGGGGUGCAUGCUGACCACCAAAGCCCUGCAAGAAGAGUUGUCACUGCGGGAGGAGGGCCUGCAUCAGUGCGAGAGGGAGAGAGACGAAGCUGUCCUCAGGGAAAAGACGCUGGAGAAAAAAGUUCGUGAUCUGGAGAUGGAGGUUGAGAAAAACGAGCAGACUAAAGACAACAAACUUCGACAAAUCAAAUUAAUGGAGGAAAGGAUCGCUCAACUGGAGUUGGACCUCGAGGAGGAGCGUCACAGUGGAGACCAGCUGAUGGACAGGAUAGACCGAGAAAGAAGUCAGGUGGAGCAGAUGAGGAAUGAACUCCUACAGGAGAGGGGUAGCAGACAGGACCUGGAGUGUGACAAGAUGGCUCUGGAGAGACAGAAUAAAGACCUGAAGUCCAGAGUGACUCACCUGGAAGGUUCACACAAGUCAAAUCAGGAGGGCCUGGUGAGCCAGCUGGAGGCUCGGAUACAGGAGCUGGAGGAGAGACUGGAGGGGGAGGAAAGGGAGCGGGCUAACCUGCAGCUGGCAAACCGAAGGCUGGAGAGGAAAGUAAAAGAGGUGAUGAUGCAAAUUGAAGAGGAACAUCAUGGAAUGCAAGAUCAAAAGAACCAAUUGAAUCUUCGUCUGAAAGCCUUAAAGAGGCAGGUGGACGAGGCUGAAGAGGAGAUCGACCGACUGGAGCAUGGGAAGAAGAAGCUGCAGAGAGACCUGGAUGAACAGCAGGAGGCCAACGAGCAGCUCCAGAGUCAGCUCAAAGCUCUACGGACGGAGAUGAGGCGUAAGACUUCCUCUGCUCCAAUGCUCAACAGCCUGGAUGAUGAUGAUGACGACGACGAUGAAGACUUCAGCACAAACAGAGAGACGUACUUCAGCUCAUCCACAGGAUAUAAACGCUCCUCGAGUCAGGACAGCAUCCUGUCAAACUUAACUUUAUAAAGGCUGCAAGUGUCUACGUUGUCUGUCCUAGAUGUUACUGACUUAUCUGUGUAAAUAUUAAAAUACUUUGUUACUAAUUCCCUCCGUCAACAGCAGUCUCAUAUACCUGUAUUUUAUUUCUGGAUGCAGUCUCAAUGUCCAUAAACUCACUCAGUAUUACUUGAGCAGCUCUUUGAUGGAUGAACGUCUGUCCUGCAGAAAUGAAAUGUACAGUCUUUACCUCGUCCUUCUAUGUCUGCGUCCUACUUAUAUCAUCGUUACGUCUUUUCUAAACGGAGUUUUCUUUGUUACACAUUCUUAUUAAUAAACCUAGCAUUAGUGAAUGUAAAUCAUUAACUGCACUGUAAAACUGCACAACCAGUCCUGCCUUUGUGAAGAAAACUAAGUAUUUUUACUUUCCUUUUUAUGCUCACCAGAUAACCUAAAUCUCACAUCAAGCAUCUGAAUAUACUUUUUACACAGUCCAGUUACAUGAAGUAUAAGUUCCUUUUUCUAUUUUAUACUGAUUGAAAAUCUAAUAUCCAGAGCAAAUUUUUACCAAGAUGUUUUUUUUUUAUUUAUGAAGGUAAAUUUGCAACAUCUUGGGUUUAUUUGGAUUUUAGGGAAAGUAAAUGAGGGAUUUUUAUACUGUGUUUAUUAUAUAACAGCUUAUUUUUUAAUACAUUGACAUCAGUUAAACUAUUAAUAUUUUUUGUCUGAAUUCUCAGCUCACUUGCUACGUUAAAACCAUCGGUUAAAACACAGCCAUUAUGGUAAUUAAGAUGCAUUUAGUAAUCAAAAUAUAAAAAAAGGUAAGAAAAGUUUGAAUCGGAAUUUUUGUACCGGCGUUUUCAGACUGGAGACCUUUCAAUCUGUGGUUAAUCCUGUUUUCUGGUGGCAGGAUUAUUACACAACCUGUGUGAGACUGAGCUUUUUAACAUCAGGCUCAUUGAGUCUUAUGUUCACUGAAUGAGGGAAUGUAUUUGAGAUGAGUUGACAAUCAAAGUUUUUAUACACUGUGAUGACUUUUACUGUGUUUUAUGCUGAAAACUCUGUGGAGGAACGCAGAUUCCUGCUAAUACCUCUUUGUACACAAAUGUAUGUUCAUAAAUCCUGCUGAGACAAAUAAAAGUUGAUUUCUGUUUCCCCCCA